AUGCGGACAUUAAUUGACAAAAUACCACGCAUUCUGAAAACGCUAGACGACGACUACUUCUUCGGGGCUUUCAACCGUUCGGACGGUGCCAACGUGAUCUUCUCUGCCGUCCUGUUUGCUCCAUUUCCAGUGUGGACCACGGAUGACGCGCGUUCCGACUCCGUCCACGGUCGGGAGAAGUUUGGAGGCAUUGGCGAGGGCCAUACAACAAAUCAAAUGCUCACAGUCACUGUUGCCAUCGAUUUCCAGCGAAUAAGUGUUUCUGCACUUAAACGGCGAACGAUUUUCGCCGCUGUUCCAACAGGCGAAUUGUACCCGACUUCGGGAACGAACCUCGCCUCUUGUGUGGACUGCAAUUCCCCGCAAAUAGAUUUCCCGACGACGUUCUACUUUUACAAUUCCCCAAAAGCAUUCGGCUUUGUCAACAACAAUGGUGGGAUUACAUUUGCCAGGUCUUCGGCUACUUUCAACGAGUUUUGUGGGACGCCUAGUUCGCAAACCUUCCAGCUCAUUGCUCCUUUCUGGGCCAGAACAGACACAACCAAGGGAGGCACGGUCAGUUACCAAGUCACUCAGAGUGCAACUGUUUUGGAGAAGGCAAAAACUGACAUUUCACUCGCCUUCCCUGGAGCUAGCGGGUUCAACCUGCGAUGGGCACUGGUGGUUACUUGGAACCAGGUCAGAGCUCAAUCGGCUAUCUCUGGCACCAACACUUUCCAGACUGUUCUGACCACAGAUGGAGUCAACUCAUUCGUCAUUUAUUAUUACAACAAUAUCGGCUGGGCGAAAAACUCAGACGCAGCUUUUGAUGCCAGAGUUGGGAUGGACCUUUUGGACGGAAACGCUGAUCACAAGUUGAACUUGGCUGGAUCUUGCACCUCAUCUAUUUCCAACAUCGCUAGCCAAUCCAACAUUGAUUCCCCCGGGAAGUUCGUCUUCAAAGUGGACGCAGUGAGUGCAGUACAGCCCAACGACUGCUCAUCAAACGCGUACAACAAUAACAUGUCAACGUCCGUUUCACCAUCCAACGUGGGCUUGUACGGCGGGGAAUUGGUAACACUGUCGGACGCCUGCGUGGACAUCACGAAGACCAACGUCCGAUGCGCCAUCGACGAUCCAAUGGGCAGUGGUCUCAUCUAUGGUACUGCUAAGGCUGUUGAUGCGAACUCCAUCCAGUGCCUGACCCCACUCUUGUUCCGGGUGGGUCGUGUGGACAUUUACUUCGAAUUCACUGGUACCAAUGGAGUCGAGGAUAUUGUUAUGAAGCGCAUCUUUGUGGCAGAAAAACCCGAUAAAACCAUUACCAUUGCUAAAACAUUGGUUGGCACCGUAACCCGCUGCGAAGUAACGUGGACCACGUCCUGGUUGACCAGUGCUUCCGUCGAAGUGAUUUUCCAGCCUUUCGACAGCAAAAUUGCCCCGAAAGUCCUCGCCACUGUCCCCAACACUGGCUCAACGUCAGUCGACGCCUCGCUAUUCUAUUCUGACCCAACAAAGGUCAUCGGCAACGUCGGGAUUCAAGCCGUGGGCUCGGGGUCAUUGCGACCCAAGGUUUGGGCCAAUAUGGAAGAAUUUUAUCACCUUUUUUGGCCAGGGGGGUAUGAAGCGGAUUGUGUGGAAUUUGUGAAGAAUACAGUGUUGCCAUACACUCCGGCGUCGUGCCCGCCAACUGAAGCACAAGCUAGAAUUGACCCAAGGUUCCUUAUUGAUGAAAAUGCGCCGAUUUACUACCAUCCGAAGGCGAAGGUUUGCUACAGUGCACUGGUACCAACUGUAACUGCCAUCCAAGAGUGCUGCUAUGACUCUGGAGGUCUCAUCAUUUGCAAAGGAACAGAUGGUGGAACAAGAAAAAGGGUUACCCCCAGGAGUUUGUACUGGCUGCAUUUUGAGUAUGACAUCAUUCCAUUCUACAUGUGUUGCAAAAACUCAAAAAUAAGCCAGACAGCCAAUGAAGAACACUGCAAAAGCUACUACACAAAGAGGCCAAGUGACUGUGGCACUAAUUACCAGCCCCCAAGACCUGGAGGCAUCAAUGGUGACCCACAUAUUGUAACCUUGGAUGGACUGGAUUAUACCUUCAAUGGCAAAGGAGAGUACCAUUUGGUGAAGGGACCAGAUUGCCAAAUUCAGGCAAGGUUUGGAACAACUGCAGCAGCCACUUCAGCAACAUUAAUCAAAGCUGUCUCCUACAAAUGCACCAGCAUGCCAAAAUCAGGUGUACAUCUUCAACAAUCAGAAAGUGGAACAGCAGUUCAAAUUUAUACCCAGGAUGGGGUGCCUCUCACUGUGACUGAUACAACUGCGUUGGAUGCAAAUGUAACAAUUACAAAAACUGGGCCCACAUCCUACUUGAUAUCUGGCACAGAUGUGGAUCUUGAAGUUGGACUCGCAGGGGGUGCCAUGUGGACCAAUUUCUAUGUGUCCCAAACCCACAAAAACAGGGGGACUGUCAAGGGACUGUUGGGUAACUUUGAUGACAACCCAAUUAAUGACUUGGUACCAAAAACAGGCAACGCUUUGAGCUUCAAUGCAGACCUGCGAACUAUCCAUAAUAACUUCGGUGAAACCUGGAGAGUGAGUGCAGCUGAGUCCACCAUGAUUUAUGUUCUGGGCAUGACCUAUGAGAAGGCAAAUGAUGCUACAUUCACACCCACCUUCACUGUUGCAGCAGACAAAUCCACAUUCCCUCUAACAGUCCAACUGGCUUGCCAGGACAACAAAGCUUGCUACUUUGACUACCAAGUUACCAAGGACCUGAGUUUAGCCAGUGGCACCAAAAGUACUCAGGAGAAACUUGCCAACAACAAAAAUACCUUGACUAAUGGAGCCACUUGUCCAGCACUAUCUUCUGUGGCCAAUGGUCAGGUGACCAGCAAUGGUCAGACAGUUGGCUCCACAGCUGUUUAUUCUUGCAAUGCUGGUUUCAACAUUUUUGGCUCUGCUGAAGUGACUUGCACUGCAUCUGGAGUUUGGAGUGGGUCUGCAGAAUGUUUGUCUGUCCCUACAGCAGGAAAAUUGCGACACCUCAAUGUUUGGCUGGCCAGAGUGCUAGACAGGUUGCUUGAUGGUCAGUCCAUUUGAAUCACAGGGAAAUGAUUUUAUGUUAUUUAUGGUUGCUCCCCAGCCAAGGUGGGAUUUUGUUGUUGCAGAAACAAGAUUUGCGUGUUUAAAUCUUGCCGUGAGAGAAAUAAAAAGGGGAUUUUUUGCGUGCUGUGAA